UUAUGGCAUUCGAAGGCGCGCAGCCCAGAUACCUGUGCGUCUACCUCAACCAUACAUAUACCUUCUGGCAUUCUCGCCGGGUCGACAAUUCCUCCAAAGUUUUCUGCUCAUCUUGACGUCUCCCGCCGCUCCCCAACAUCGCAGCCAUGCGCCACGCAACUACCAAGUCAUCUUCGCCUUCCAGCCCGUUCCGCUCUGAGGAGGAGCGACGCCACAUCCUCUCUAAGCUUCCGCCGGACGUAAAACUCCUCGCGAUCGCUUCGGCUCGUAUCUAUCAGGCCCCAUUCGGUGCGCGGGAAGACGGUUGGGCGUACACCGGCCUUCAAGGCAUGCUAGUCUUCGGCCGCGAUCGCGUCAUCAUGCAUGCGGAGAAACCGUUGGGUGCAGGCCCCGGGACGAGCUUCGACCGCAGGUACUGGCUCAGGCUCAUCGACCCGGCGCCGGGGAAGGGCGUCAUCUGGGUGCACCCCAUCCCAGCAGAGUUCCAUUACCGCCUCGACAAGCCAUUCUUCCAUGUCUUCCCAGGCAAGAGUCGGAUGUUCGGUAUUCGCUUCGAGGAGGAUGCGCACGCAGAAAGGUUCUACAAGAAAAUGAGCGAUUCUCACGCGACUAUCCUCCCGCCACGGAAGAUAUCCAAGGCCCCUUCUCGCUCCGUCGCUCGUGCCACUUCCAGCGCGGCGAACCUCAACAAUGCAAACCGCAUUCGCCGUUCCAUGAUAUCCGGCCCCGUGCCCGGUACAUUUGACCAUGUCGCGCAUGCAAGCUUCGCCAACGGACAGUUCGAAGCCUCGGGCAAGGUCGAGCCCGAGUGGAAGAUCAUGGUCGAGCAGAUGCAGCGGCACGGCAUCUCGCUCCGCAGCCUGCAGAAACAUCGCGUGGACGAAAAGAUGCUUGCGAAGAACAAGGACUUCGUGGAGGGCUUCUUGCAGGGCGCGCAGGCGGUGAAGCGCGAGAGCUCGAAACAGUCGAUGUCAGGCGAGGGGAAACCUCCGCAGCGCAAGUCGCCACACAGGAAGCCCGUGACGACGCUGCCGACUGCCGAUGCCAUCGCAUGAAGAGGUUCCUAGUCGAGCAGCUUAGUUGGAUAUGUCAACUCAAUAGUAGUCUCGUCGUUUCUUAUGUUCUCGCAACCAUGCCUAUAAUGGUUUUCAUUCGUUCUCGGUAUCUAUGGUCACAUCUGUAUUGUAGAUUCCUCCUGCUUCAUCCACCAUGGACUUCUUGUGGAUCAUUACGGACUGCACAUCGCUGUAUUCUAUACGCUAUGCAACCCUAUCACUGUCUGGAUCUUCACCUUCACCUGUUUUUCAAAUUUGUAAGCACCAUUCGCCUGGCUUCACUCGUGUACUGUUGCUGCA